GGCGCCGCGUUUCACGUCAUAGCCCCGCGACUACCGCUCCGGGGCGGGCUUGGCUGAGUCUCAGGAUCGCCCUGCUCUCGCUUGCCAGUCCUGGCCCCCACCGAUAACUGCCACGGACCCGCGGGGUACUCUUUGACCCUCCCCUCCGCGUCGCCAGCGGAAACUGGGUCAGAACACUGACUUCCACGCCAGCCUCGUACUCUGACCCCGUUGUUGUCACCUCGUCCCGUUCCCGCGGCCAGAAUUAAAGUCCUCGAUUUCGAGAACUUUGCGAGCGAGGCGGCGCGAGAACUCCAGCGGCAGCACAGGUGGCAGAUUUAAUCCUUUCGCUUGUGAGUCAUGCCAGCUCCCAUGAAGGGCCAAGUGUGCGUGGUUACUGGUGCUUCCAGGGGUAUUGGCCGGGGCAUCGCUUUGCAGCUCUGCCAAGCAGGUGCCACAGUUUACAUCACUGGCCGCCAUCUGGACACGCUGCAGGCCACUGCUCAGGAGGCACAAUCCCGAGGGGGCCGGUGUGUGCCGGUGGUGUGUGAUUCAAGCCAGGAGAGUGAAGUGCGAAGCCUGUUUGAGCAGGUGGAUCGAGAACAGCAGGGGCGUCUGGAUGUGCUGGUCAACAACGCCUAUGCUGGGGUCCAGGCGAUCCUGAACAACACUAAAAAGGCAUUCUGGGAAAGCCCCGCCUCCAUCUGGGAUGAUAUCAACAACGUCGGACUCAGAGGCCACUACUUGUGCUCUGUGUAUGGGGCACGGCUGAUGGUACCAGCUGGCCGGGGGCUCAUCGUGGUCAUCUCCUCCGCUGGUGGGCUGCAGUAUUUCUUCAACGUCCCCUAUGGCGUGGGCAAAGCUGCGUGUGACAGGCUGGCUGCUGACUGUGCCCGGGAGCUGCGGCGCCACGGGGUCAGCUACGUGUCGCUUUGGCCAGGGUUGGUGCAGACAGAACUGCUGAAGGAGCACAUGAUGAAGGAGGAGAACACUGCUGAUCCCCUGGUUGAGCAGUUCAGAUUUCGUUUCUCAUCUGCGGAGACCACAGAAAUGAGUGGAAAAUGUGUGGUGGCCUUGGCAACAGACCCCAAUAUCCUGAGCCUAAGCGGGAAGGUGCUGCCAUCCUGUGACCUGGCGCGGCGCUACGGCCUGCAGGACGUUGAUGGCCGCCCCGUCCAGGACUAUUUGUCUUUGAGCUCCGCUCUCUCCCAUGUCUCCAGCCUGAGCUGGCUGGCCUCCUACUUGCCUGGCUUCCUCCGAGUGCCCAAGUGGGUUAUGACCCUCUAUGCUAGCAAGUUCUAACCCUCCUGGCCUGACACAGUUCUGCUUCCCUUUGGGCUGAGUGGUUGGCCUAUCUCAGUGGAACAAGGCCUCCUUUCCCACCUACCUACUGCAUACCCUUGAUCUGAAGAGAAGGCCUCUGCCAUGUGCCCUGGUUGAGCCCUAGGGGCCUUUGUAGGUCCUUCUUCAGGUCUUCCUUGCCCCUGCGUUUUACUUUUUGCCUUAAUAUUGAAAAAUGUUCUGGGGGCUAAUAAAGAUCUCGUUUCUCCUUCAA